GGAAACGUAGUUGUGCUCUGGUUAACUUAGCCAGUAUUUGGUGUCGUGCCUGAAAGGACUGUGAAGUCUCGCCGAUGCUUCAGACUUGAGAGGAGUGACAACUUAACGAUGGCGGGUGCUCUUGAUCUGUUUGCGUCGCUCUCUUCCCGGUUGUGUGGACGUUGGUGGCGUCGCUAGGCAGCAGCAGCAGUUGGGCUGAGCUCUCAGCCGUUACAGUUCACCUCAACCGCCAACUCCUGACGGUUAGCCUGGAUAUUCAAGGACAUUCUUUCUAACCGUUACCAUCGCUACUCUGGCCUGUCGGUUGAGGAAACCCAGCGUGUUGUGGUUCUCCGGCGCAACGAUGUGGCCAGAUGUUGUAAACACGGGCAGAAAUAUCAUGUAACACACACCCCCCGGAGCUGAUGAUGUUUCUCUACGUGUCAUCUUUACAUGUCGUACCCGCAGCAGUCCUUCUUCUUCUUCUUCCUCUGCUGAGGGGACACACCAACGGAGACGUAGAGGAAACCAGUUGCUGACUUUCGAUGCGUUUCCAGACCUCAUCGAGUCGUCGGCGGUUGUUUCCUGCUGAAAGGACACCGUGUUACUGGUGACAGCAGUGACCCUAAAAACACGGAGGAGGGCCGGUGAACUUUGAUUUUGUGCUGAGUGCGGUGGUGAAGAAGCCAGAGGUGCAUCACUGGUGUGCAUCAGGUCCAGGAACCGUCAAUGUGGACCUCAGCUGGUGAUUUGACAAGUCACGUAUAGGAUCCCCCCCCCGAGUCUCUCCUGUCCCCUCUCCCCCCUCCCUUCCCUCUGUCCCUCCCUCCCCCCUUCCCUUGUCAAUCUUCUCCCCGAUCCUCCUUCCCCCCCCUCCUCCAAGAUUCACCAUGCUUAUCAAGGAGUACCGCAUCCCCAUGCCCAUGAGUGUGGAGGAGUACCGCAUCGCCCAGCUCUAUAUGAUCCAGAAAAAGAGCAGAGAUGAGAGCUGUGGCGAAGGAAGCGGGGUCGAGAUCCUUGAGAAUAAGCCCUACACAGAUGGACCGGGUGGGACGGGCCAGUACACCCACAAGGUUUACCAUAUUGGCAUGCACAUUCCCAGCUGGUUCCGUUCCAUCUUGCCCAAAGCAGCGCUGAGGGUUGAAGAGGAGUCCUGGAACGCCUACCCUUACACCCGCACCAGAUACACCUGCCCCUUCGUUGAGAAGUUCUCCAUUGACAUUGAGACCUACUACAAACCCGACACAGGCAACCAAGCAGAUGUCUUCAACAUGUCUGCAGUAGAGAAGAGGCAGAGGACUAUUGACCCAAUCGACAUAGUGACAGAUCCUAUCCCCCCUCAUGAGUACAAAGCAGAAGAGGACACACGGCUCUUCAAGUCAGCCAAGACCCAGAGGGGUCCUCUGCGGGACGACUGGAUAGAAGAGUACAACAAUAACCCAGGGAUGACCCCCAUCAUGUGUGCCUACAAACUCUGCAAGGUGGAGUUUCGCUACUGGGGCAUGCAGUCGAAGAUUGAACGCUUCAUCCAUGAUGUUGGACUGAGAAAGGUGAUGGUGCGUGCCCACCGGCAGGCCUGGUGCUGGCAGGAUGAGUGGUAUGGUCUGACCAUGGAGGACAUCCGGCAGCUGGAGCUGGAAACCCAGCUGGCCCUGGCCACGAAGAUGGCCCAGUUCAGUCAGGCAGAGGAGGCCACAGAGGCCAACGGGGGCGCUCCGUCUCCGGACAAAGACCAGGAGGUUAAAGAGGCGAUCAGCUCCAUUGAAGCUGAGGAGGUGGUUGUCAGCUCAGGAGGAGAGACUCUCCAGCCACGAGGUGUGCUCACCAAGCAGUGGUCCACUUCAUCCCGAUCCUCCCGCUCAUCCAAGAGAGGAGUGAGCCCAUCGCGUCACAGCAUCUCAGAGUGGAGGAUGCAGAGCAUAGCGCGAGACUCAGACGACAGCUCGGACGAGGAGUUCUUCGACGCUCACGAGGAUCUCUCAGACGGCGAGGAGGUCUUCCCGAAGGAAAUCUCCAAGUGGAACUCCAACGAGAUGAUGGACAAGAUUGAAGCUGGAGACGCAGAGGAAGCUCCUGGUGAGCUGUUAAAGGAAAUGGCAGUGGAAUAUGAGAGAGCAACCAGUGAGGAAAGACUAGACGAGAUGCGUGGCUCUGUUAGCGGCCAGACCCAUAGCUCUCCCAUUCCCACCAUCACGGUAACAAGGCACCACUCAGAGAGUUCGUCCCAGCAGUGUCUGCAGCCUUCCAAGAUCCAUGUGCUGAUCUUGGUUCUGCACGGAGGGAACAUCCUGGAUACAGGCGGAGGGGACCAGAACAGCAAGCAGGCUGACGUCAACACGAUUAGUACAGCUUUCGACGCAGUCAUGCGUGUUCACUACCCCGCAGCGCUGGGGCGCAUCGCCAUCCGCUUGGUACCCUGCCCUGCCAUCUGUGCCGAGGCCUUCUCCCUCGUGUCCAACCUGAGCCCAUACAGCUACGAUGAGGGUUGUCUGUCCAGCAGCCAGGACCACAUUCCCCUGGCAGCUCUCCCCCUCCUGGCCACCUCUGCUCCACAGUACCAGGAGGCCAUGGCCGCUGUCAUCGUCAGAGCCAACCAGGUCUACACAGACUUCAUGAAGUCUCUGGACGGGGCAUGCUUCUCCGGCCAGGUGUGCCUCAUUGGGGACUGUGUGGGAGGAAUCUUGGGAUUUGAUGCGCUGUGCAGCAGCAACCAGACGGUUAAUGAAAGCCAGAACAGCAGUCGCAGGGGCAGCAUUGUCAGUGUACAGGACCAGGACCUCCUCUCUCCCGGCAUCAUUGUCAACAGCGGGCAUGGGUCGGCCUCUCCGACGUUGGAGGGCAGCCGCCACCUCAGUCGCAGUAACAUAGACAUUCCUCGAGCCAGCGUUGGCGAUGACAACAAGCGACAACUGCCACGCAAGAGAAGCGACUCCUCCACCUACGAACUGGACACAAUAAAACAACACCAGGCCUUCCUGACUAGCUUACACUCCAGCGUUUUGCGGAACGACACGGUGUCACGCAGGUCGAGCAGCAGCACCAUGCUGGAUGGAGGCUCCCUGGGGAAGUUUGACUUUGAGGUGUCUGACUUUUUCCUGUUUGGCUCUCCACUGGGCUUGGUACUCGCCCUGAGGAAGACUGUCAUUCCUAUGCUGGAUGUGGCCCAGCUGAGGCCCGCCUGUCAGCAGGUCUAUAACCUAUUCCACCCAGCCGAUCCCUCAGCCUCCCGCCUGGAGCCUCUGCUGGAGAGGAAGUUUCACCUCCUGCCUCCCUUCAACGUGCCCCGAUACCAACGCUUCCCCCUGGGAGACGGAAACUCUGCCUUACUGGUGGAGACAGUCCAGAGCAACGCUCAGCUGCUACUUGACAGCGGGCCUCCUCUGUCCCUUCGCUGUCAGGAGACCAUCAGUGAGACCUGCAUCCCUGUGCCUGUGCUAAACUGGCAGGAGGGCUCCCUCAAAGCCACACCCGCCACUAUGGAGUCGGAUGUUGUUCAGUCUCAUGGUGGUGUCUUCAUGGACAGUUCGUACCCUUCAUCCCCCGUAACGGGCCCCCUCUCCCGGGGCCAGCGGAGGGCCAGUGAGGUCAGCAUUGCCAGCCAGGUCUCAGGAAUGGCAGACAGUUACACUGCCACCAACAUAGCCAACACCAAAUCAUGCCAAUUUGACCAAUCCAAAAAAUUCGGCCUUUUGUCCCAACUCGCCCUUUCAUCACAAAACAAAUUCUCCCUGAAAAGUCCUCCCAAGUCCCGUAAGAAAGCGGAGGCUGGCGAGACCGCAGGAUCUCCUGAUGCAGAUCAGGUGGCAGAGCUGGACAGUGAGGCAGACUCUAGUGAAGCUCUAUGUCCCAUCGGCCAAUACGAGAACUGCCUGUCUCCCGGGCUGCACUGUGCUAUAUCUGAUCUGGUCUCACUGGACUCCCAGGCUGAAGUGGACCAAGUUGCAGCCCGUUGGUGGGGCACAAAGCGGCUGGACUUUGCCCUGUACUGCCCCGACGCUCUGACCGCUUUCCCCACAGUGGCUUUACCACACCUCUUCCACGCAUCAUACUGGGAGUCCACUGAUGUUGUGUCUUUUCUCCUGAGACAGGUCAUGAGGCAUGACAACUCAAGCAUCCUGGAGCUAGAUGGGAAAGAAGUGACUGAAUUCACCCCCUCCAAACCUCGAGAGAAGUGGCUCCGCAAGAGGACUCAUGUGAAGAUCAGGAACGUGACCGCCAACCACCGUGUAAAUGACUCAGUGUUCACCGAAGACUCCCGGCAGGUUCUAACAGGUCGCUUUAUGUACGGCCCUCUGGACAUGGUCACCUUGACCGGGGAGAAGGUUGACCUCCACAUCAUGACCCAGCCUCCAUCAGGAGAAUGGGUGUGCUUCAACACAGAAGUGACCAACAGCAGUGGCCGUGUGUCGUUUGUCAUCCCAGAGGAGAGACGUCUGGGCAUCGGAGUCUACCCGGUCAAGAUGGUUGUCAGGGGCGACCACACGUUUGCAGACAGCUACCUGACAGUUAUUCCACGUGGCACAGAGUUUGUGGUGUUCAGCAUCGACGGGUCGUUUGCUGCCAGUGUGUCGAUCAUGGGCAGUGAUCCCAAAGUGCGAGCAGGAGCCGUGGAUGUGGUCAGGCACUGGCAGGACUUAGGCUUUUUGAUCAUCUAUGUGACGGGACGACCAGACAUGCAGAAGCAGCGAGUGGUGGCUUGGUUAUCUCAGCACAACUUCCCUCAUGGCAUCGUCUCUUUCUGUGACGGCCUGGUCCACGACCCGCUCAGACACAAGGCCAACUUUCUCCGGUCCCUGACAGAGGUUAACAUGAAGAUUUUCGCUGGCUACGGAUCAACCAAAGACAUCUCAGUCUACACCGCCAUUGGCCUCCCUCCCUCCCAAAUAUACAUCGUUGGUAGACCCUCCAAGAAGAUGCAGCACCAGUGCCAGUUCAUCACAGAGGGAUAUGCAGCUCAUUUGUCCCAGCUGGAGUACAGCCACCGUGCUCGACCAGCUAAAUCCAGCAGUGCGCGCAUGGUCCUACGUAAAGGCAGCUUCGGCUUGGGGGCAAACAGCGACUUCCUGAGGAAGAGGAACCACCUGCUGCGCACCAUCUCCUCCCAACCGGCACCCAGCUCCCCGACAGGAAGCAUCCACAACAGACCAGAACGCACACAGAGCCAAUCGGACGGCGAGCGGCUGGAGCGGGUGGAGAGCGUUCACAGCUACAGCCAGGGAGCAACACAGCGCAGCAUGAGCAUCACGGCCAACUGCUGGGGCCGCAGCAGCAGCACCAAGCUGGAACCAGGCGUCCUCAGCCCCAAAUGAGAACAGGGAGACGAUGUGAGAGCACCUUCAGGAGAGAGACUUAAAAAUACAGUGCUGAGGAAGGGACCCGUUUCAAAGAGUGAAAAACAGUUGACUUGCACCGGAUGGGUAAAUACCACAACAAAAACAAUAGGUGCUACGGACCACUCUUUAUAAUCUAAUGCCAGUCACACUCAACACAGAUAUUUAUGAACAGAAGCUAUGGCUAUAUUUAUUAUACAACACACACACAAUACAACUCAACAGGCAUUUCAAAGAGCAUCUUCCUGAAACAGGAACAUGCACACAAAUAGCUUCUAUUGUAGGGAUCCAGACUGUUUCUACUGUUCAGUAAAUAUUUAUCAAUACAAGGUCAGUUCUCCUCCUACAGCAGGCGUUUAGAUCGGAGAUGGUUACACAUACGAGCACCCCAAUGCUGUACACUCAAACACAAAGUGGUUACAGACCGCCUGUAUCAGGUCCAAGCUCUGAUGCUGCACUGUAACUGUCUACUGCCACCACACAAGCACAGCAAUUACUAUAGAGAUCAACUUUGUGCAUUAUAGUUUUAAAGUUAUGUGAUAAUCAGAUAUGUUCACGUCUGGGAACAGAGCUGAGAAUCAGGUAAAACUGGAUUGAAUGUGUUUGUUUUCUCACACAAUCUUUUAGUCAAACUAUCUUUUUAAGAUUUUUUUAUAUAGGAAAAACAUAAUUUAUCAGCAUCAAAAAAACAAUGUUUAUUCUGUAAGCCAACAUGAAACUAUCUGAGCAAGACUUGUUGCAUAAUACUACUACAUUUAUAAACAGCAAUGACUAAAUACAUACAGUCCAGUUUUGCUUGUUUUCUAGUCGUCCCUCAGACCAAAGAACCAUACAAAUAUCACAUAAAGCAAACUGCGAAAUUACCCUUUAAUAACUAUGGUAGCAGCUGAAACUGUUCCUGGGAUUUUAUAGCAUUUCACCACAUCUCACCACACGGCGCUGCUCAACCUUCCUGAAUCAGUAAUGUAUGAAACUCCUCCUACCGUAUGGUUUAAUGUGCCAAAGUAAACACAGUAUAGAGUGAUAUGCUGUACAUGAACAGAGAGGAAAUGGUCUCCUGUGUAAAAAUGGAAUAGAUUGUGUAAGUAAGUAGUUGAAUGGCUCAACAAGGCUUGUACAUAAUUGUUAUAUUACAGUGCAGAUCUGGUAUCUGGUCCACUGAAGACCAGUUUCAAGUGUCUUCUUAACUCUGGGGGUAAACACCACCUCAUUCAGGAUACACUUUUAAUGAUUGACGAUGAUAAUUAUUGUUAUUUAAGAUUAUAGAUAUUUUAAAAUGUACUGAUUUUGUGAACAAAAUGUGUUUUAAGAUUACUUUAGCUAUGUUGUGUUUUUAUUAAUUUCUUCAAACUUCAGUUGCAGCAGCCAAAACUCAAAGAGGUCUUUGCCUGGCACAGUAUUGUAUUUUUAUUAUUUUAUCUUGCAGAUCACCAGAAUUGUAUCAACAGAACUGCUAAAUCGUGUCAUAUAUUGUAUGUUUAUUAUCUAUUUUGGAAAUUCGGGAUAUGGCUUCUCUGCGUUUAUCCCUAAGCUGUAAAUGAGGCGUUGAAUGUGCUCAUAGAUAAUCCUCCUUAUAGGUUAAGGUCUCUUUUCUCUGUUCUGCUGCGCCUUUAGAGGAAGAAAAAUCUGCAAAUUGUAAAUUCUGUACAAAAUGCUGUCAGAAGUAGAAACACAGAGCUCAGAGUUACUUUAUGCUGUUUGCCGUUUAUUUCUUAAAUGGCUACAAAUUUGUGAUUUAUUCAUUCAAAUUCUGUUUAUUUGUCCCUCUAAUAGGCAUGUAGAGAGCUGAUUGCAAUGGACCAAUAUAGGCUUAAAUGUAAGGGAAACGUGCAAUAUUACUCAACCGCACCACAAGAUCAAACCGACUGUGUUGAGGAAAUGUCACAGUGCUUUGACAAUCAGUUCAACAGGCACAUAUUCUACAGACGUCAAACUGCAGAGGGAAUCUGAACACAAUUUAGCGCUCAACAACUUACAUGCAACAUUUGUAGAGUCCAUUAAAUAAAAAGAAGAGAUAUCUUCGUUAAUGGUGUGAAAUAUUACAGUAGUUUAUCUCCUGUGGACAGACAUGCUCUAGAUGAAGUCUCUUUCAUUUAAAAGUGACCCAGAAAUCAACACUCAGUUGUCAGUUUAUUAGAUAUACCUGUUGAAAAAGGAUGCAGUCCUGUAACAAAUCCUACUUUCAUGAAGGUUAUAAGGUUUUAACUGUUUUAGAGGGGCUGUAGUUGAUGGUGCUGUGUUAUACUGAGGUGUUUCUAAUAUUUUGUUUUAUAUAAAUGAGAGGAGACUUAAA